AAUAAUCACAGGCAGGUCUGGAGGGAGCAUGAAACAUGACUCCUCCGCAGUAAGAGGUGUUUUUGACGGAGGAGAAUCAUUCGAUACAAAAGCGGUGGCGUGAGCCCCGAGGACGUCACCAGUCUCCGCCUCGAAUUAUAACAAUCAAUUGUUCCAUGUUCUUUUUCUUCCUAAACAUCAGAACAGACGCUGGAGGGUUUUCUGGCCGCGAGACGCAGAGGACGCGCGGGACAUCAAACAUCUGGACACGUCAGUCUGAAAUUAAAAGCUCUCAUUUGGGCAAAUUGUGGGAUUUAAUAGUUUCCCCGAUCAUUUGACUGGAGGUGUGAGGAAUAUGCGGCGCACCUCCGCCUGGACGUGGAUUGGCUGGGCGCUGUGUUUGUGCGCAUCUUUGGCCGUGAGCGCACCGGACCUCACCGAGGACGAUGAGCUGGUCCUGGACCUGACUCAGCCUGGACCCGGAGCCGAGCUCCUCAGGUGCAACAAGGCAGCAUGGCGCAUACCCGGUCACUACCUGGUCAUGCUGCGUCCGGCGACGCACGAGUCUCAGCUCCAGAGGACCAUCAGGAGGCUGACAGCCAAAGCGUCCAGGAGAGGUCACCUGCUGGAGAUCCUGCAGACCUUCUCUGGAGCCCUGCACGGCUUCCUGGUCAAGAUGAGCAGUGAUGUCCUUCCCCUGGCUGUGAAGCUCCCCCAUGUCCACUACAUUGAGGAGGAUUCAUCUAUCUUUGCUCAGAGUGCCCCCUGGAACCUUCAGAGGUUACUGCGGCCGUAUGGUUUCACCUCGGAAAAUGGAACGUAUCAACCUCCUAAUGAUGGAGGGAAGGCAGAGGUGUAUCUGAUGGAUGGUCGUGUUCAGAGUUCUCACAGAGAGGUUCAGGGACGAGUGCUCAUCACAGACUUCAACAACGUCCCUGAGGAGGACGGAGUCAGAGUUCAUAGACAGGCCAGUAUGUGUGACAUUCACGGCACACACAUAGCUGGGGUUGUGAGUGGGUUGGAUUCGGGUGUUGCUCGAGGCGCUGGUAUCAAGCUGGUCCGUGUGCUCAACUGUCAAGGGAAAGGGACGGUAUCAGGAGCCCUGGCAGGUCUGGAGUACAUCCGAGCUACUUUACUGACCCGUCCGGUGGAUGCAGUGGUUGUCCUGCUGCCUUUCCUCGCUGGCUUCAGUCGUUCAUUAAACGCGGCCUGUCGGGACAUGGUGGCUAACGGUGCUGUGGUGGUCGCUGCUGCAGGCAAUUACAGAGAUGAUGCCUGCCUCUACUCGCCUGCUUCAGAGCCCGAGGUCAUCACAGUCGGGGCAGUUAAUGCAGCGGACCAGCUCAUGUCACAGGGAGCAGGUGGCACCAACUUCGGCCGCUGCGUUGAUUUGUUUGCACCCGGCGAUGACAUAGUUAGUGCCAGCAGCGACUGCAGCACCUGCUUUACCACCAGAGGGGGCACAUCCCAAGCUGCUGCUCACACCGCAGGUGUAGCAGCAGUGAUCCUUUCGUCCAAUCAGAACAUGUCACCGGUGCAGGUCCUGCACACGAUGCUGCGUUACUCCGUCAGCAACACGAUCAACCUCCUCUCUCUGUCUGACGCACAUCGUCUCACUACUCCAAACCUGGUAGCAGCCAUGCCUCCUACCAGCAGCACAACAAAUGGGGAGCUUCUGUGUCGGUCCGUGUGGUCAGAGAGGUCAGGGGUCGCGAGCACCGACAGGGCUGUGAGUCGCUGUCGUCAGGGGGAGGAGAUGCUGGGUUGCAGCAGCUACGCUCCUGACGGUGUUCGUGUCGGAGAAACCAUCGCUAUGCACAGCGAGCAGAUGGAGUGUGUUGCCUACAAUGGUGCGAGGGGCAAUGGUGUGUACGCUGUGGCCCGUUGUUGUGCGAUAGGUGGUCUGCAGUGCCAGGCCCACGCCAGUCCUGAGCCCGGCAAAGAUGCUGAGUGUGUCGACCCACAGCACCACCUGACAGGUUGUUCUUCUUGGUCCCCUGCUGAGGUCGCGUCUAAUUCCCGUCCACAUCUCAGCGAUCGGAAGCGCUGCGUUGUUAAAGACGGGGUAACGGCACAGGCCGUGUGCUGCCACGCUCCACAUCUGGAGUGCCACCUGUUGGAGAACAUAUCAGCUGAUCAAGACCACGUCCAGGUGUCCUGUCCCUCCGGUUGGACUCUGACGGACUGUAGAGCCGUCUCUCAGGCCUCUGCUGCCUCGGGGCCUGUUGCUAAGGGCAACAGUUGCAGUAUCCGCGGUGCAACAGCAGCUGACGGGGUAGCAGCCGUUGCCGUCUGCUGCCGCAUAAGAGCAACAGAGGGGGCAGCCACAGCGCCACAAUGACCCGACCCCACUCCUCUGUGAUGUCUUACACCUCGCAAACAGCUUAGAUGUCUCUCUAGUAGUGUUGAUGUCUUUAUCGCUCAUCAGCUGUGAUGUCAUUCAGACCCGUGAACACACCUUCACACUUAGGUGACUGAAAAAUCUCCCGUGAAAGUCACGAGCUGUGUCUUAAUUCAAAGGCUGCAUCCUUCAGUGGCUGCAUUUGAAGACCGGUUGCGAAAGCGACAAGAUCAAAUCAACUCAACCGAACAACUAAUGGUGCAAACGUUAGUGAAAAAAAAACCAAGGGGCAUAUACAUUUUUUGGGGAGCUUGAGCUAGAGAUGCAGAUCACAGAAAGCCUGUGUAGACCAGAUCAUCUCAUUUCAGUUCAGCCUCCACAUUCUCCACAGCCCACAAAGGAGGCGGUCUUCAUGAGCCGGGACGACCGCAUGCUCCGAAAGAUACAGCCCCUGAAUUGAGACACAACUCGGUGUGUGUUUGAGCUAUAGGAUUAGAACAAAUAUGAUAUAACAUAUAUUUACCAUAUACCAUAUAUAGUUUGUAAAAUUCAACCAAAUAUUUUUGUAUCUUUUUACAAAACAAAAUAAAGAGCUUUUGAGUGGUUUUUUUUGUUGAUGAUUUACUGCCUGUUUACUCUUUACACAGUGAUUUGAAGUAGAAAAGAUGGAUUUAAGUGGUAGCUCUGUCUUUUAUAGGACAGGAUAUAGUUAUAUGGACCAUACUGUAUAUAUGAGCUAAUGUAGAGCACUUUAACAGGUAAAGGCAAAACACACACUCUAACCAAAGGAUAUUCAAAUAAUCAGCCUGACAUAAGGAGAAUUUAGAACUUGUAGGAUCAUCAUCAAUGGCUCCGUUUGACAGUGUAUCUGCAUGAACUUUACCAGAGUGAAGCAGCUGAAUGCAACUCAACCAUAUAGAUAAUAUUUAAACCUGUCGCAGAGACUGAAUCCUUCAGCACGUACUGUAUCUUCUGAAUGUAACAGGGCUGUGACUGCAGGUGGAGGAGGACGGCUCAGUCACAGCUCUGAUUAGCAGCCUCCUGAAU